AUGUCAUCGCCGGGUGAGGGUGAUAAGGGCAGCUCCUCGCACAGGCGCAACAAGUCAGCCCUGUCUAGAGCAAAGUCCGCGUUACAACGACGUUCGAGCAAAGGCGCGGGCGACGUGCCGACCCUGAAGACGUUGAAUACACAGAGCGAAGAGGAUGAGAAUAUGCCGAGUCCAGCGAGCGGACAGAACUCCAAUGCCGAUUCGCUGUACCUCUCGCCCACGCGAACGUCGGUACACUCGCAUCGGCCCCAUCUCUCGACCACAAUGAGCAACACCCACGGCAUACCUGCUGCCAACGCGAGCUCCCCGACGAAGGACAGCCCCAUCUCACCCAGUAGCGCAGCGACACAAGGCGCAUCCAUCGAACAGAGCGUGCGACUGUUCAAGGUGUUCGAAGCGCUGCGAAAUGGAGAUACAGCGGCAAUAGCCAAAGCUACCAGGACAGAUGGCGACGGAGGCAGACUGGAAGGGACAACGAUACUACACCUGGCGAUACAAUGCGCAGAGAUCCCUGUCAUUGAGUAUGUCCUCUCGCAGCACGAUGCAGAUGUCAACGCAAAGGACAAGGACGGCAAUACACCACUCAUGGUCGCCUCAUCGCUAGGCCGCGCGCCAGUCGUCAAGCUUCUGCUCGAUCAGAAGGCCAUCAACGAUGCCGCAGUCAACUACCAGGGCAAGACCGCGCUGGAUCUAGCCAGGAAUCCAGAGAUCUUCCAACUGCUACAAUUGGCGAGGUCUAUGCUGAUCGACAACAGCGUGCGACACAUCCACCAGCUGGUAUCUGCUGGCAACUAUGAUGUGCUGGAGCAGACACUGAGCGACAGUCGCUUCAAGUCUGUCAUCGACAUCAACGGCCCAGAACUUGCGACGGAGUCCGAGACGGCUGCAACAGGAGGCAGUCUGCUUCACGAAGCGGCACGAAAGAAGGAUUUGAGGCUGGCGCAACUCUUGCUGCUGAAUGGAGCAGACCCGUUCCGGCGAGACCGCAAAGGCAAGCUACCACAGGACGUCACCAAGGACGAUCGCACUCGGGCCAUCCUUAAGAAGUCGCCAGCUGCAGCGGCAGCACAGAGACAGAUCCAAGAGAGGACGAUAUUAGGCGAGAACACGCAAGGACUGCAAGCCAGCGAAGGGCCUGGCAGUAAAGAGAGCAGAGAGAUGAAGGGCUACCUUAAGAAGUGGACAAACUAUACCUCCGGCUACAAGCUGCGAUGGUUCGUGCUGGAAGAUGGUGUGCUAUCAUACUACAAGCACCAGGACGAUGCAGGAAGUGCUUGCAGAGGUGCGAUCAACAUGCGCAUUGCGAGGCUGCAGAUGGACCCAAAGGACAAGCUGCAUUUCGAGUUGCACGGCAAGAGCUCUGUGAGGUACGAUCUGAAGGCGAACCAUCAGGUCGAGGCAAAACGAUGGUUCUGGGCACUGAACAAUGCAAUUCAAUGGGCCAAGGACGAAGCCAAAGAGGAGCAGAAGCGUGAACAGCAGGAAGCGAGUGUACGGCAUGAGCAGCUGGAGAAGUUACGAACACGCGAGGCCGACAUUGCGCACAGCUCAGAUUCGCUGAAGCCUGCCACGACACUUGGCGUUGAUACGCCAGGUGGCUCAACUCAUGCAGGCACCACCCUUGCUGACGGGCGGAGUGGCUACAUGUAUGCGCCAAGUCACACCGACGAUGACGCUUCCCAGAUAGGCCGUUUCGUAACCCGGACGAACACGCAAACGAACGUUGACGGUGACGUUGAUGAUGACGAUGGGUAUGGCGACGAUGCCAGCAGCCAUGAGAUGCGACCUGCAAAUAAGGAUGCCUUCAGCAUCACAGCGCAAUCUGCCAAGCUCCAGCUUGAUCUGCUCGAGCAAGUCUCAGCCGCGCUGCAAAGUGAAAGAACGAAGAACCCGGACAUGGCUAUCGGCCACCAGACUGUUGACCGUGCCUUGUCCUCAUACGAGAUGGCAGUCGGCAACCUCAAAGGGCUAUUAAUGGAUCUUCUCCGCAUCUCACGAGACCACGAAUCGUACUGGCAAUACCGAUUGGAACGUGAACAGAACAUCCGCCGGCUAUGGGAAGACAGCAUGGCCAAGGUCGCGAGGGAGCAGGAGGAUCUCGAGAACCGUAUCGGCGAGUCUGAGGAUAAGCGCAGGCGAACCAAGAGAGCGCUCAAGGAGGCUCUUGAUGGCCAGACGAGCGCUGCACCAACACCACAGCCGACUGCCGAGCCACCAUCAAGCAAGGGACUGCUCGAGAUACCUGUAGACGCCAAACCAAUGAAAAGACGCGCGACCAUCGCAGAGCUUACUAACAAUGAGAUCUCCGACGACGAGAGCGAAGAAGAGGAAGAGUUCUUUGACGCAGUAGACGCCGGUGAGGUGGAAGUGUUGGAGACGAUGCCUCCUCGAGUCAAGUCGCCCGAAGUUGAAGUGACACCCGUCAUGGACAUCGCAAAAGAUGGUGCUACAGACGGUGGCAUAGAUCGAAGUGUAGAGGCUGAACGCAAGGAACGUGAGCAAGUGAUCUCGGAGAGCUACAAGGGAUACGAGGACGGCUUGCGACACAAGCUCAAGAUUGACGCCGACAACAGGCCGAAGGUUUCGCUCUGGGCUGUGCUCAAGUCUAUGAUUGGGAAGGACAUGACCAAGAUGACGUUGCCUGUGACCUUCAACGAGCCCACUUCACUCCUCUACCGCGCGGUGGAGGACAUGGAGUAUGCGCAGCUACUGAACGUCGCCGCCGAUCGCCCUGAUCCAACGGAGCGUCUCAUCUACGUGGCAGGCUUUGCGGCCUCAAUCUACGCCAGUACCAUCGGUCGUGUGGCCAAACCGUUCAACCCGCUGCUCGGAGAGUCUUAUGAAUUGGUCAGACCCGACCUCGGCUACAGAUAUCUCAUCGAGCAGGUAUCUCACCAUCCGCCUGUUGGCGCAGCGUACGCUGAGAGUCCGAAGUGGACCUACUACGGAGAGUCCGCGGUCAGGUCAAAGUUCUACGGCAAGUCCUUCGAGUUCAAUCCGCUUGGUACUUGGUUCUUGCACAUUCGUCCUGUCGAUGGCGGGCCGGAAGAGCUCUUCACCUGGAAGAAGGUCACGUCUAGUGUUGUCGGUAUCCUGACUGGCAAUCCUGUCGUCGACAACUACGGACCCAUGGAAGUCAAGAACUGGACGACUGGCGAAGUCUGUUAUCUCGACUUCAAGCCCAAAGGAUGGAAAGCUAGCUCAGCGUUCCAAGUUGCCGGCAAAGUCGUCGAUGCCAAGGGCAACACAAAAUGGAGCGUUGGUGGCCGUUGGAACGACAAAAUCUACGCGAGACAUACACCUGGCUUUGAAGAGACUAUUGAAGUCCCUGCAGAUGGCAAAAGUCAGUCAUCAAACCAAGCGAUCAAGGUGUGGGAAUGCAACCAUCGACCACCGCCAGGCGAGAUUCCUUUUAACCUGACGCCAUUUGUGGUCACCUUGAACGCUUUACCAGAUCGUCUUCGACCACUACUAGCGCCAACAGACACCCGCCUCCGACCAGACCAGCGUGCCAUGGAAGAAGCCGAAUACGACCUGGCCGCCACCGAGAAGACGCGCGUAGAAGAAGCACAGCGCGCCAGGAGACGCGUGCGAGAGGCAAAGGGAGAAGAGUUCCGGCCAAGAUGGUUCGCAAAGGCCAAGCACCCCGUUACUGGCGAGGAGUUUUGGCAGUUCAACCAUGAGUACUGGAAGAUUAGAGAGGAGGUUGCGGCAGGGAAGCGGAGGUGGGAGGAUGAGAGGCUUGAGGAGGUCUAUUGA